CGCGACUUCACUCUGAUUUGUAAUGUCGAUUGGGUCGAACGUGUCCGGUUCUGCUGGUGUCACCGUCGUCGUCGUCGUCGCUGUCGUUCAGGAGUAAAAAAAAUCGGCUUCAGGCCCACUAGUUGGUAGUGGCCAACGUGUGGUUAUCGGUUCCAUUACGGACAACCUGCUGCUGCCUCUGCUGGGAGAUCCAAGUAACCAGUUCGAGUUGUUCAGGAAGGUUCAGUGCUGCGAGUGAAAACGUGAAGCAACAGCAGGCUGCUGCUCUCUGAGGAAAAAAUAAAUAAUCAAGAAGGAUAAAAGUUUAGCGAGGAAAAACACACAGCAUCAGCGUUGUGUGUGUGUGACGGUGGAAGAAAAACACGCGGUGGAAUUUUCUUCAGUGUACCUCGGCGAGAGGAGUUAGCUAGUUCUUUGGAUUUCCGUUGAACCCGUGCGCGCGUCAGGACCAGACCAGCCCAACCAUGGCCGACGAGGACAACGUCUUGGAAGAGAUGCCGGAGUGCGACAACAAAUUCGCCAUGCGUAACCGUGGCCGAAAAGGUGCGCUCAAGAAGAAGAACGUCUAUAAUGUCAAGGAUCAUCACUUCAUUCCGCGUUUCUUCAAGCAACCCACGUUCUGUUCGCACUGCAAGGAUUUCAUCUGGGGAUUCGGCAAGCAAGGCUUUCAAUGUCAAGUUUGCUCCUUUGUCGUACACAAACGAUGCCACGAGUACGUGACCUUCAAGUGUCCGGGUGCGGAUAAGGGCGCGGAUUCAGACGCACAAAAUCCGCAUAAAUGGCAAGGAUAUACUUUCAUUACACCAACCUUUUGCGAUCACUGCGGUUCGAUGCUGCACGGGAUUGCGCAUCAGGGUUUUAAAUGUCAAGCAUGUGAUAUGAACGUACACAAGCGGUGCGAGGAGAGCGUGCCGAACCUGUGCGGAUGUGACCACACCGAGCGGCGAGGGCGCAUCCAGCUGGCCAUCACGCACCACGGCAACAAGCUCAACAUUGAGGUGAAACAGGGCCGCAACCUGAUCCCGAUGGACCCGAACGGUUCGAGCGAUCCGUACGUGAAGAUCAAGCUCAUCCCGGAUGCGGACAACGUCAAGAAGAAAACCAAGACCAUCCGGGCGUCGCUCAAUCCGGUGUGGAACGAGACCCUCAUCUUUGAACUGAAGGGCGAGGACAAGGAUCGCCGGGUGCUGAUCGAGGUGUGGGAUUGGGAUCGAACCUCGCGGAACGAUUUCAUGGGCUCGCUGUCGUUCGGCAUCUCGGAGGUCCUCAAGAACCCGGUGGACGGCUGGUUCAAGCUGCUCACGCAGGAGGAGGGCGAGUAUUACAACGUGCCGGUGCCGGAGGAGGGUGCCGACCUGGUGCAACUCAAGAGUCAGAUGAGGAAAACAUCCAUCUCGAAGAAGAUUCCCGUGCUGGGCGACAAGGACGUUCCGCACAACAUGGGCAAGAAGGACGUCAUCCGUUCGACGGACUUCAACUUCUUGAUGGUACUGGGCAAGGGUUCAUUCGGCAAGGUAAUGCUGGCCGAGCGGAAGGGCACGGACGAGCUGUACGCGAUCAAGAUCCUGAAAAAGGACAUCAUCAUCCAGGACGACGACGUGGAGUGCACCAUGGUGGAGAAGCGGGUGCUGGCACUGUCGCAAAAGCCACCGUUCCUGGUGCAGCUGCACUCGUGUUUCCAAACGAUGGACCGAUUAUACUUUGUCAUGGAGUACGUCAACGGCGGUGAUUUAAUGUUCCAGAUUCAACAGUGUGGCAAGUUCAAGGAACCGGUUGCCGUCUUUUACGCGUCGGAGAUUGCGAUCGGGCUGUUUUAUCUGCACGCCCGCGGCAUCGUGUACCGCGAUCUGAAGCUGGACAACGUGCUUCUGGACCAGGACGGACAUAUCAAGAUCGCCGACUUUGGCAUGUGCAAGGAGGGCAUCGCGGGUGACAAGACCACGAAGACAUUCUGCGGUACGCCGGAUUAUAUAGCGCCGGAGAUCAUUUUGUACCAACCGUACGGUAAAUCGGUUGACUGGUGGGCCUACGGAGUGCUGCUGUACGAGAUGCUCGUUGGACCCCCGUUCGAUGGGGAGGAUGAAGAGGAGCUGUUUGCGGCCAUUACGGAUCACAACGUGUCCUACCCGAAGAGUUUGAGCAAGGAAGCCAAAGAUGUCUGCAAGGGGCUGUUGACCAAGAACCCGCAGAAGCGUUUGGGCUGUGGAGCACGUGGUGAAGAGGAUGUCCGAGCUCACGCCUUCUUCCGCCGCAUCGACUGGGAAAAGAUCGAAAAUCGCGAGGUGCAGCCACCGUUUAAGCCGAAGAUUAAACAUCGCAAGGACGUGUCCAACUUUGACCGUCAGUUCACCUCGGAGAAGACGGACCUGACGCCGACCGACAAGCUCUUCAUGAUGAACCUUGACCAGACGGAGUUCAACGGGUUCUCCUAUCUCAAUCCAGAGUUUAUCCAGCACGUUUAAGGUGGGACGGAAGGCAGGCAGGUGUGUGACCAAAAAACCAACCAAGUAUUCUGCUCAACUUCAGUGUCGUGCAAUCCGUGUAGCGGCGUGUUCUAGAGAUCCAAUCCAAUCCAAAGAAAUGGGAUUACCUUGUAAGCAUUGUAAGAGAAAUGUGCAAAAGCCAUAAAUAUUUGCAAAGCGAAUGCAAAAUAUAAGCCAUUUUCAAGCUACUCUCCUAGGCAUGUAACUAAUUCUGUUUCGGUCUUCCUUUCAAAAAGAAACAAAAAACACAAAAAUUGACACCAAAAUAUGGAAAAAAAAUAUUUCAUCUGCUCGCUCUAUCUCCUUCUCAACUGGAGCGCCUAAAAGAAGCAGUUUCACGCUUAUCUUAUACAAACCCGGUAUCCUUCUUGCCUCGGGUGUUGACGACUUGAUUUUCCACCUAACUUUUAAACCGCACCCCAAGAUGGUGCAAGAAAAAUCCAGGCCAAAUAAUCUCGUAGUGUACUGUUAUUUCUACUAAAAAUGUGGCACCUUGUUAUAUACUAUACACACAUACAUACACCCCUUUUAUAUUUGAAAGUGAAUAAAGUGUGAACACUUUUUGAACUCUUAUUAAAUAUAUAUACAAGACAGGAAAAAAGAUUGAUUCUAUUUAAAAAAGAAAAAAAAAAACAUUGAUGUUGAAGUAAAGCAUAAGCAAAAGUAACACACACACACGUACUCACUCGUAGCAAACAAAAAAGGGCAAAAUGAAAACAUAAGCCUAGAUUUGAAUAAGCACCACUUCGCGAUGCGUUGAAGGCAACAAAAAAAAAGAAAAAGAAGUCACAACAUUACUCACCCUCUAUAAGAAAGAAAAAAAUCUUUGAACAAUUUGUUGCAACCUCCCGCGGUCAAAUCGAAGCAACCCGGUUGGCCGUUUUUCUUACAGCAUCUUCUACCACGAGGUUCAUGACUUUGACAAGGUAAGGCGGAUCGUUCAGCUGGCAAAUAUUAUUAAUCACGCAAGGCAUAUACAUAGCAUGAAAACCGAAAAAAAUAGCAUGAAAACCGGAUUUAAUAUGGAGAUUUUCAGAAAAGUGAAAAUUUGACCAUUUUCCUGACAAAUUUCACCGGAUUUUAUUCUGCAUGGUUGAUCGGCAAUUUUUUUUUUUUAAAUCUCGUUAUCAAUCCGAGUUUUGGGCUAACCACCUUACCUUAUCUAAUUUACAGACUUUCGUUACCACGAAAAGUAAAUUUAUUUCUGAAAUCGAGAAAUUUAGCACUACUCUGCAGGGAAAACCCUUCUCCGGAAUCGAUCGAUUUUGGGCCAAAACGUAUGUUUCUAAAAUCUUUAACAAUGUUUUACUUGGUUUUACUGUGCAAUUCCAAAUUAUUUGGCUAGAUGGUUAACUGAAUUAACGAAUUUUAGUUGUCAUUAGUGCGAGCAAAUUCGAUUCAAAUUGCGAAGAUAAAUUUUUUUUUUUUGAAAUAUUUUUGUUCCAAACCAUGGAAAAUAAAACAAAAGUUCCAUUAAAAAAAUGAUGAACUGUCAACCUGCUCUUGAUUUUUUUAUGUUUAAAGUUGUUUGAUUAAAAACGUUUUUUGAUACAGUUUAAAACUAAACAGUCUUAAAAAAAAGCUCAAUGAAUUUGAUCGGGAAUUCAGAAAAAUGUUUUUCAGGUAAAAUCCGUCUUUUUUGCUAUAUUAAAACAGGAGAUCCGUCUUACCUAAGCCAAUCUAUGUACCAUGCAAGCAGCCUACCAAGUGACAGAUGGCGCACCAGUGCUAUCUAGAUGUUGCCUAAAUUAUUUCAUUUUUAAAUCUUUUGUCGUUUGUUGUGUUUUGUUGCUUUGCUCUGCAGCUAAACCCGUUUGUUUCGUUUUAAUCUCCUAAAAAAACACAUAAAUAUAAUGGCGUGUUUUUCAUUCUCUAUAUCGUUAAACGACUUCCAAUUCUUUAAGUAGCAAUAAUUAUUAUAUUUAAGCCGUAUCAACUCGACUAUGUAUGGCAUAUAGGCAGACAAACAAAAAAAGUAUAUAAACAUUCAAAAAAUGAAACAACAAAAUGGAGCUUUAAUCUUGCACUUUAUAUUAUAUAUGAAUGAUGAAAAAACAGAACGUAUAUUAUUCUUUUUACUUAAAACAUACAUUUAAAAGAGUAAAUUUAACAAAUAUUAAAUCAUAAUUGUGAUAAUAGUGAAAUUUAAUCAUUUCAAAGAAAAACAAACAAAAAAUGCAUCUCUUUCUAUAGUCGAAGCAGCCCCUUUGAAGAAAACUUCCGAGGCUUCGGCCACACCUAGACGUUUGAUCUUCACAACCCCAAUCUAAAAUAAAAACACAUAAAAAACAUACACAACACACAAAAAGUUUAGCGUAGAUUGAGGAUCAUAAAUUUGCACUACAUUAUAUACGAAGCUGGUUGGUAAAGUUCAACCACACCAACAUUUAUCAGAAACUUCUCCCGUGCAGUUACUGCCGAUAAAAUGGGAGAAGCAAAAAAAGAGAUACAAAGCAUUGAAUCUAGCAUUUCUAAUAAUCGAUUAAUAAGCAAACAACAGCAAAAUAUUCGUGUCGUAAACAAGUGAGCGAGCAGAAAGCAACAUUAGAAACAAAACAAAAAAAAACACUCUCUCUUUUAGGAUAUGUAUCAAGAAACCAAGAAAAUAACAACAACGCAACUAAAGCGGAAGUAAAACCCUCUCUAGUGAAAAAAAAAACUCCUGUGAAGCAAACGCAAAAAAAAAAACAAAAACAUACAAAAACGAAUGAAAAAUGGUGAAAAACAUGCAAAAAAUCUCACUAUAAUUUUGACAAUCUAAAUGUAGUUAAUCUUAAUGAAGAAAAACCAACAUUGAAUCAUGAAUAGCUUAGAACACUGUGAGAUCGAACAGGUCAGUGUAGAGGGGACAAACUGAGCGAGAAACAUUUUACUGAAACAUUCCAGCAGUCCCGAAAACAAACAAAAAAUCGUGCGAAGAUAUAAAGUAGUGACAAACAAAGGAAACCCUCCCUCGUAGAGAAACUCGUUAAAACUUAACUUCUAAGCGUAUGACGAACAGGGUGCCAGCUGAGCAUACCUUUUAGAUAUUUAUUGAUUAAAAGAAAAACAAGCAAGCAAGAAGCAGUAACUAUUUGUAGUUAAGGACGAGAUUAUUUACUCUUAUUUGCUAAACUGAUUAUGUUUUACGUUGGUUGCCGUGCGGCAGCAAUGAUCAAACGAGAGAAAUUAAAAAGGAAUAAACAAUGAUAGUCACUAUAUAAUUAUGAUAGUCUUCGUUUGGCUAGUUUUGUAAAUGUUGUUGUUAAAUUUGAAAUGUUCUUACCUAUAUUUCUACCAAUGUUCUUGCCACUAUUUGAAUACUAAAUUGAACAAGAGUUAAAUAAAACAAGGAAACUAAACAAACAAUUAAAAACUGAAACAGGAAUACCAAACCACUACCCUCGAGAGGUACGCGCUAGGGAUGGCAGCCGAAACGUUGCCCCGCACGCGUGUGUAAUCUUAACCAUCAACGAAGUCCCACCUAGAAACGAGACGCAAUCAACCGACUCCGACACACACACACAAAAAAACAGUUUAGAUGUCCGAUUUGUUCUACGGUCCUCCGCUGAAUGUUCAUUUUCCCCCCACUCCUAAACAAGCUACCGAGCUCACGGGGCAACGUUUCGGUACGUUUCCUUCCUCGAGUGACGAAUCGGGAAUGCUACACCCGGAAUGAACCCAAGUUAUGAAAAGAAAAAAAAAACAAGAUAAAUGAACCUGAGUAAAAUAAACACUAAAAGUGAGAGAUAAACAAACGUUUACAAAAGAAAUACUGAUAAAAUUAAAAAAGUAACAUGCAAGAUGUGUAAGGAAAUUUCUAUUUCACCACUGCCUUAAUUUUUAAAUCUGUAACAAUUUGUGAGAAUCGCGAGAUCACUCUCAUGAGCAAAAAAACAACAUACAAAAAGAACAUACACACAGACACACAUGCAUUAUGGAAAAUAAUAACAAGAAAACAGAAGAAAUGAGAAACUAUUACUAUACUACUUACUAACUACUAUUACAACAAACUACGAGAGUCAAAGCACCUAUCACAAAAUCGUAACGGUAAAUCGUAGCAAGCGUGGAUGUGAAAAAAUGGAGAGUGCAAAAAGAAAACAAAAAGUGCUGUUUAGUUUCGAAUCCUACACCCUCGAAACACCAUGGCAACUCGCCGGGGACAGAACAUCAACAAUAAGGGGACACGCGACACGGACUACUAUGUGGAAAACCAAAAUUUUAGCUAAUCUUUUACAUUUAUCUAUUUGAAUUUAUAUUCGAGAAUGAACAGCAACAAAACAAAAAGAGAUAUCACACACGUAUAAAAUUUAAAAACAAACAAAAGACACACUAAAGAGAUUCAAGCAUUUUAUAUUUCAGUGUUUCUUUUUCACACCUCUAAUUGUUAUCAGAUUUCAAGAUAUUGAUUGAAUUUAAGGCAAAAGAAACAAAUAUUAGCAUUAACACAAGAGGAAAAACAACAUAAGCAUACUCACGAGUAAUAUUAACUAAAGCGUAAGAAACAAACCAAUUUAUCUUGGAGCAGAAAAGGUUAAGAUAUCCCGGAAUGAAACAGAAAAAAAAACAAUUUGCAACUCAGUAAAUGACAGCAAUUCAGUCACAUACACACACAUUACUCAGAAACAACAAUGGAAUACAAAUAGCAUAUAGAAAAAACGUACUCUUUCUUCCUUUUUCAACUCACGAACACAAAUUGAAAGCAAACAAACAGAACUCACUCACUCACUCAAGAAAACAUCAAGUAAAAGCAAAUACAAAAAUGGAGAAAACAGUGAAACAUUCAGCAAAGCAUUCAAGGAGGUAGCAAAAACAAGAAACAAAUAGGAUUAUCGUGGUUUGGUGAAAUACAGCAAGAAAACAACAAAAAAACAGUACUGUUCUUUUAUCUGUAGACAAGAAAA